UACGAACAUGAGCAUCCGUAAGUGUUGACAUUCAACAUGGCGGCAUGUCGUCAGUGCUGUGCUGUGUCGUGCUUGUGUAAUUGUUAGUUUAGGACAAUUUUUGAAACCAACGCUCACUAUAAAUUCCACAUUAGAAAAAAAAGCUGAAGAACAAAGAGAAACGCAAGAGAAAAAUUAUAACGAUUAUUAAAAAACAAGUUUAUUGUAACGACACAACCACACUCAGCACGCAUUGAAGACAUCUGAGGAUUUUCAUGCCAACAUUUAUCCUCUAACAAUAAAUUCAGAAUAACAUAAAAAAAAAUUUACAAACUUUUUUUCUUUUCGUUUCAAUUCUUUUUUACAUGAAUGAGAAAGAAAUAAUAAUCAACGGGGUGACUGAUGUGGAAGUUAAUAAUACGAGAGGAAUAGUUUAUGAGGAGCCAGUGAUGAUGGAUCAACUGUCAGUGGUUAAAUAACGAAGUAAAAGAGUAAAUUUUUAAUUGAAAAAUCAAGUAAACGCGUAACUGUGUGUCCAAUCGGAGUGAACUGUGCUAUAAUAAUUUUCUCCUUUCGUAAAACAAUAUUAAAAGAUAAAAACAUAAAGGUUUUCAUUGAUUUGUUCGUUUGUAUGUACAUUGGUUCGUUGAGCCGGCAAAAUUUCAAUAAAACGAAUAAUUAAAAAAAAAACGUGUGACGGGGUCGGUUGAAAUUGCACAGUGAUCGUGAUUAUGGCUGAUACUGCGAUAUCCAUCACUUAAUGAGAAUUGAAAAUUUGAAAUUUAUUCAAUCCAAAGGACACUCCAAUCAUUACAAAAGAGUGCCAAAAAAAUUGUUCUCAGUGUCAAAUCGAAUACCACAGAGGAGAGAAUAAAUUCCCCCCAAACGGCCCCCCUCGAAGUCCCUCAUUCAUCAAAAUCUACAAAUUCAAGUUCUUGUAACGUCCUAAUAGUUGAAUUCAAAAAGAGAAGAAGAAAAAUUGUUUUUUGAAAAGAAGUAAAAAAGGGAAACGAACGAUUUAAGGUACCAAGAACCAUUCUGUGAUAUCUAUGUUAACACUUAAAUACUAUUGAAAAGACUAAAAAAUUUCUAAAUAUAAGUAAAACAAGAAAGCAAAAAAUAUAUUGUGCGAUCAAGUGCACGCGAUAGGCAGGAGGACGGGAGUGAGCCUGCCUUCGCCAAAGAUAUAGAGAAAACGUGAGAAAGCGAAUGAGAAAAUUAAUAAAAUAAUAAAACUGCAUAAAGAACAAUUGAUAAAUACAGCAGUGGAAACGAAAUUGUAAUUAAAGAAUUGAGUUAAAAUGUCCAACAAUCCUCAGUGGAAGAGUUUCCAGCCGCCAAUCAUGAACUCUGACCCAGCUAUACUCGACUACAAGUCAAUGUCAAUACCGACUAAAAGUAUUGUCGGUGGUACCCAGUCAACCAACAGUCAUUAUCGCAAUGGUAUGAGUUAUGGUGGUGAUGUGCAUGGUUACAUGGGCUCACCACCGGACAGUGGAAAAAUAUCCUAUACCGGAUAUGCACCGGCAACAUCACCGCGCAAUGGUACUGCUAGAUUCCCAAAUCGUUCGUUAAAUAUGGAGAAUAAUACGCAAUAUACACAAGAACCGGUGACUAAUAAUUCAUCGUAUCAAGAUCAGUCUGCUAACCAGGGGCCACGUGAAGCCGGUAUCAUCGAAAAAUUACUGCAUUCUUACGGAUUUAUCCAGUGCUGCGAGAGACAGGCGCGUUUGUUUUUCCACUUCAGCCAAUUUAGUGGUACCAUCGAACACCUCAAAAUUGGUGACCCAGUUGAGUUUGAAAUGACAUACGAUCGUAGAACUGGCAAACCAAUAGCGAGUAUUGUCAAUAAAAUAGCCCCUGAAGUUGUACUGAGCGAGGAGAGAGUCACUGGUAAUGUUACAACUGAAUUACCAGCUAGUGGUGAUUCUCAGGGACGAAUUAGCUAUGAGAAUCGUGGAGAAUGCUUCUUUCUCCCUUAUACCAAAGACGAUGUCGAGGGAAACGUCACUUUACGCGCUGGUGAUAAAGUAUCAUUUCAAAUUGCAACUAAUCAACGGGGAAAUUUGGGUGCUUGUCACGUGCGACUAGAGAAUCCAGCCCAUCCAGUUCGUUAUCGUGGUGUUGUAUGCUCCAUGAAGGAGAGUUUUGGAUUCAUCGAGCGUGCUGAUGUCGUUAAAGAGAUAUUUUUUCACUUCAGUGAAGCAAAAACAGUUAAAGAAGAGUUGAAAUUGGGUGAUGAUGUUGAAUUUAUCAUUCAAACACGCAAUGGCAAAGAAGUUGCGUGUAAUAUAACAAAAUUACCACCGGGUUCGAUAGUAUUUGAGGAAGUUAAUGAUGAGAUAAUGAAGGGGCAAGUAUUGAAACCACUAGAGAGGGGUAAUGCUGCACGUCAUCAGAACGAUCCACUGCCUGGGCGUAUACGUUAUCGAGCAGCAGAUUAUUCCGAAGUUGAAGUGCCAUUUGGGGAUAAGGAUCAGAAGGGCGAUUUUACACUCAAGCAUGGCGACUGGGUACAAUUUUUAAUAGCCACUGAUACGAGAGAUCAAUUGAAAAGGGCCACAGAAAUAUUUCUAUUACCUGAAUCAUUCGCUGUCUCUGGUGAGAGACGUGAGCAGGGUGUCAUUGCAUCGUUGAAGGAUGGAUUUGGAUUCAUUCGCUGCGUCGACCGAGAUACCAGAUUGUUCUUCCACUUUAAUGAAGUACUUGACAUUGAUCGAGAAAUAAGUGUUGGUGAUGAGGUGGAAUUUACCGUCAUUCAAGUGGGUCUCUGUGAUCCACCGACAUUCUUCGGCAAUAUGCGUCACAGUGCCAUCAGGCUCAAACACUUGCCAGCCGGCACUGUUCAGUUUGAAACUGUUACUGAGAGUGAUGUACUUGGAAAUGUUAUUCAGGAUGUUAAUGGCAUCGAGCCGGGGUUAAUUGGGUACACGGGUAAAGAUGGGACUCAAAAAAGCAUUAUUUUCUUUGCCAAGGAUUGUGAUCCGAAGAGUGUUCCAAAAUUGAAUGAAAAGGUUAAAUUCGGCAUCUGCCAAGUGAAGAGGAAUAAGGAACUAGUGGCAGUUGAUAUAUCACUGCUGAAUCCACCGGUUGAAAAAACACAGAAUGGAAAUGACAAACCGGUUGGUCAAAUUUGUCAAGGUUUUAUUGCAGCUCUCAAGGAUGGUUUUGGAUUUAUUGAGACUGUUAAUCAUGAAAAAGAAAUAUUUUUUCACUUUAGCACAUUUGAUGGUGAUGCAGGCAACUUAGAGCUUGGAUCUGAAAUUGAGUGUACAGUGAACACAGGAAAUGGUCGUGGUACAGGUGGAUGUAUAGCAGCUGAAUCAGUGCGUGUUGUUGCACGUGGUACAAUACCACGUGCUGCUGUUGUCAGUGAAGUGCUCGAUGGUACUGUUGUGAGACCCUUGCGCAGUGCCAAUCCCGAUCAGCAGGAAUACGCUGGUUUAAUUAAAUUAUUGUCGACAAAUGACGACGACAACACACCCGAAUAUGAAUUUGGAAUAAUGGGACUAUUGAAUAAACGUGAAUUGCUGCAGAUCAAUGAUCCUGUGCAGUUUCAAAUUGAUUCUGAGGGCCAUGCUUGUAAUAUCGUUGCUGUUAGAAAAAAGAGAAUUGCAACUGUUGACGCUGUUAAGGGAGCAUUUGGAUUUCUCGCUUAUGAGGUUGACGAGGGAAAAAAACUUUUCUUUCAUAUGACUGAGGUUAAGGAUAAUGCAACACUGCAGCCUGGUGAUCAAGUGGAAUUCGUACUCGUUACUAAUCAGAGGAAUGGAAAGUCAUCGGCUUGCAAUGUUACACGACUGAGUGGAGAAUCAGUACAACAACGACCUGAGCGCCUGAUAAGCCGACUCCGGACAGUCUCAUUAGAAGACGCGGGCCCAAAGUUAACAGUCAUCAGACAGCCCAAAGGACCGGAUGGCACACGUGGCUUCACCCAAGAACGCUCACAACGUGUUGCCGGAUUUAUCGAAGAGUAGAAGAGACAAGACUCAGCAUCAAUGAUAGAAUUGCAUACAAAUUUACCCCAUCCAUCGUUGAAGUAAUUAUUAUUUUUUAGUCCACGCACGUUGAUGCCGAUAUUACUAUUAUGUAAGGCAUUGCGAAAAAAAAACACGUAAAAAUUUGCCAAAUUGAGACUUAUUCUUUAAAAAAGAAAAAUACAAAUCGUACGAGAAGGAAAACAUUUGAGAGGACAUAAACUAAUGGCGAAUUUGGUUAUUAAUAUUUGUAAACGGAAACAACGAGCCAUACUUUAACAAAUCCGCGAGGACGGCACACAUUUACAUCAUGAUGGAGAAUAACAUGUAAUUUAUUUAGAAAGAACGAGCGUUCCUUCAUCAGGCGUCUCAUUUUAUCAAUUAUCGUCGCCUUCCAUCGAAUUUUCUUUUCUCAUUAAUUAAUUAUGUAAUUAUUAUCGAUUGAUUAACAUGUAUCCAUCCAUUUAUUUCUCUUUCUUUCGUUAAUUUCAUAAUGGUAUUUUUUAUUAGCGGGAAAAAUUAUGUAAAUUAAGUUAAUUUAAAAAUGAAAAAAAACAACAAAAAGAAAAAGAAAAUGUGUAAGAAACAAAUAAUGAACAAAACCCCAGGAGAAAAAAUUCAACAUUGCCUGAUUGAAAAUUCGAAUUAUGUUGAUUUUCAAUGUUUACGAGAAAAUAUGUACAUGAAAGACAGAUCAUUCUACUGUUAUCCGAGCAAGUGUGGGUGAAUGUGUGCGUGAAUGUACGUGUGAAUGGGAAAGAAUAACGAGAGAAAACGAAUUACAAGAGAAGUAAAAACAAAAAUAUUCCCGUAAAUUUUCAGCGUGACGCCGGGGAGUGAAGAACAAAUGUAAACAAUACGUAUCACAAAUAAAUUUCAAACUAAA